CAGGCCACAGGAGCUCUGUAAGUGUUGAGAAGGCCCUGCCACUCAGCUCUCUGAUGAAGCGAAAGGUCAUUGCCCUAGGGGUCAUCAACCUUGUUGUGAUCGGCAUCACAUGGAUGGAAGUGCGCCAUGGCUGGUCCUCACACCCAACUGUCUUCAACGUCUCCUCAAACAGAGCCCACAAAUUCCCCUCCAGAAAAGAGAGACCAGACUCAGGAACACUGUUCACCGACCGUGUGCAGCCGUGGUCCCUCCUUCCCUGGUUCCCAGCCAGACGAGAGGUCCACAAUGAAGCCAAAGUCGUCAAACCUCCCAGUAAGAAGAAACCCGUAAAGCACACUCCUGUGUUGGAAGCUUGUCAUCCACAGAGUUUCGAAGACGACUUUCCCGGGUACGGAUACAAAAAGUCAACGACAGAGGAAACUGAAUGGAAGUUCAACUACACCGCCAUCGAAGAACUAAGGGAAUCCCUUGAGAAGUGCUGCCGUGUUCGAGACCUCUUCAUUGCAACUAGGCAGAAUGUCCCCAAGGGCUCUCUGCUUAGAUUCGAUGGGGACAAGUCUGUGCUGAAGAUCACCCACAGAACAACUGGCUUACUCCCGCAGAACAGCUCCUUGAGUGGGCAGUUCUUUAAGAGCUGUAGUGUGGUGGGGAACGGAGGGAUCCUCAUGGGCAGCAAGUGUGGCAACAAGAUCGACACCUCAGAGUUUGUUAUAAGAUGUAAUCUGGCUCCAGUUAACGCUGUGUUCAGUGAAGACGUCGGGUCCAAAACCUCCCUGAUAACCCUCAACCCCAGCAUCCUCGAGAAAAAGUAUAAGAAACUGAGUGAAAGGGGAGUUCGGAACGCCUUCCUGCAGGACAUCAGUGCUUACAAUGACAGUCUGAUCUGGAUUCCUGCCUUCUCCUAUCGGAGGAACAUGCAGCUGGCGUACUAUGCACAUAAAACUCUUCAGGGUGCUAAUGCCCAGCAGAGAGUUGUGUUUCCCCAUCCAAACCACCUACGCAUGCUGGGCAAAUACUGGAGCGACCAGGGACUACCACAGGGGAAGAGACUGUCAACUGGUUUGUUUCUCGCGAGCGCCGCCAUCUCCUAUUGUCAGGAGGUUCACCUGUAUGGCUUCUGGCCGUUUGACGUGAACUGUCAGGGAAACAAUGUGACGUACCACUACUACGACAAGGGUUACCAGAGCAGCGGCCACUCCAUGUCGUCCGAAUUUGUACAAUUGCUGAAGCUGCAGGACAAGAGGGUUGUACAUAUAACCACAGAAAAGUGUCAGCCUUAACCGUACAAGAAACUGUCUUUUUAUGGAAAGUCCACUCUGGACAAGGCUGCGCUCCAUCUUUUGUUCCUAGGAAUGUGUUAACAUGGUGUCCCAUUUCUUAACCUUGAGUUUCAAGUCAAGUAGCCUCUAGGAGAAUUCUUUUUUGCUUACGUUUCGAUGUCUCUCAGACACCUUCGUCAGAGCUUCUAACUGGAAUUCUGCUUCUCACCGCUACAUGUAGCCAAUGAGAGACAUCGAACGUAAGCAAUGUAAGUACCUGCUGGUUGUGUCGAAAGAAUUCUGCUAUAUCCUAUAUGUUCUACCAACCUGCAGCUAUCAUCUGGUGUCCAUUAGCUCCCAAAUCACUCCUAACCAUGCAUAGUGUGGAGAGUCGUGAGCUAAAUUCGGCUAUGUGUAACCUAGGCUUUAAGCAUCCUUGAGGCACCACCAAAUACGUGACCCCCAUUUUGUGUCCCUUCCAAAAGACAGGUGCAGCCCCAACCAAGAUUGCCCUUCCCAGUGUUUUGAACCGAUGUCUCCCAGUUAUUGACUAAUUGGAACCACAAGCUCAACUGCGAGGCUUCGCUACCAGUUUAGCUACUGGGACAUCCCACUUUGAGAACCUGGAACAAAAAGUCCACCUACAGUAGGUUGGUAAAGAAGGCUACAAGUCAAUAGACUGAUCCAACUUGAUUAGACAUGAAAAUUUCCAACUCUCCUCAGACUAGUCUGUGUAACACAAACUCUGCUGUCCAGGGCUGUAACUGGCCCCUCCGGCGGAUGUUGGGUGGGCUGCUAUAAGCGAGAUUUAAUCAGGAUUUCCUCAGACUAGUGUAUUGACUUGAAGUUGAAACUCACCAUUUAAUAAUACACCACACCACACUACACAUAUUCCUAGCAAAAAAUUGUGAUAUUCAUGAAGCAUGGGUUUGUCCAGAGUGAAUAUUCAAUAAAACGCCAGCCUUAAUUGUACAACACAGCUGUAGUGAUUUAUUCAAGAAAUGUGAACUCUAAAUCUUGCUAACGUUGUCAAACUUUUUCAGGGAGCUCCUACUGAUGGGUCACCUUUCAAUAGCGUCUGAAUAGCAAUAGGGAGUGUUGAAUCUAGAUCGUAAACCCAGAAUAUAGCAAUGACAAACAUACUGUUUCUUGUGUCAAAAGAGACUGGCUAAAAUCCAGUUAUGCUUAGAAGAUGCCUGGAUUGCAGGCUAGUGUUUUAGCUGUAAAAAAAAAGUUGCACAAGGAGGAUGAUUAUAUGUACUAUGUAAAAUUGAUAUUAUGUAACAUCAAGGAGAUAUAACCUCUUUGGUAACAUCAAAACUGGCUAUCUCAAAUUUUCGUUGUGAUUGAAGUACAUGUUUGCUUGUUAUCUGUUUAUACAUGUUAUUUGUCCAAAGGAUUGUACAUGUACAUUGAACUAAAAUAGACAAUCUACUAGAUUACUUAUAUAUAUAUGAAUUUCUGAGUUAUGUGUGAAGAACUUUAACAAACUACGUCAAUGAGGGUUAGACAUUCGGGUAAUAAGAUAUGCCAAAAAGCAGUUACUCCAGCAACUGGAUAUGAUUUGGGAAAUGGUCAGACGUUUCAGACAGCCAUCCGGCAUCUUUUGUCAGUGACACCAGGGAAAUCUUAUUGGAGAGAGAUUUUAGCGAGUCCUAUAAAACUAGUUUUGAAGACAUUGGCCGUUGCUGGCUGUACAUUUUAACAGUAGCAGUCCUGUUUUACAGGAUUGGCCAUACAAAUUGACUUUGGUGGUGUAAAGGUAUUCCAUUUGUAAUUUUUUAUCAUUGAACACUGUAAAAUUAUCUUCCAUCUUAUGUUAGUGUUAUGAAAGAGAGGAAUGUCAAGUGGAAGGUAUGUGCCCUGAAUUCGAACUGAUGACAACAAAGCUUGGAGAGUAGCACAUGUGAUUAUGUGAAGAACUUUAGGUUGGUAUGUUUUAGAGAAAUAAGAAAUCUGUAGCAAUAGUGCAAAGUUCUCUGUUAAUCAAAAUCUUGUAAUUUUGAGUGUAUUUUCUGUGGUGAGCAAUAUUUCAUUUUAUAGCAAACAUUUGAAGAAGACUUUCCCAAAGGGUUCCUAACGGAAUUACUCUAAGACUUAUACAUUAGGGUUGGCUUUUUUGUAGUACAAUUAUUCUAUAUGUCAAAGGUAUGUUUUUUUCUUUGUUGAGCAUCAGAUUGUUAUUGUAUGUCAGGGUUGGACAAGUCCACUAGCCUGAUUGUCCCGGGAAUGUGAAAGUGCAGAUUGUGAAACAUACAAAUGUAGGUGAUCCGGCAAGUGCUUGUCCUACAUUGUAUACCCUACAUGUCGGAUCAGGCAAGUAAGAUUUUUUCUAUGAGUGAGACUUUGAUAUACUUGUUACUUUUUGCAAUCAUGGAAUCAAGCAUUGGUCAAUACAAAAAAAUAGAAUUCUAUUGAAAUACAUAGUGAGAUACAUAGAAAAACGUUUUACAAAUUUUAGGCAAGUGAAGAGUUGGUUUGGGCAAGUAAAUUUUUGUAUGUACUUGGCCGAUAGGACAAGUGAAUUUUAGAAAACUGGUAUGUGUUAACCCUUAUUUUACUGGGGCUUCAAUUUUACACUCAAGGUACAAGGGAGGCCAGUAGGAUGAGGGUUUAAGCAUGACAGUACUGAGAAAAUGAUUCAGAUGGUACACUAAUCAUGUAUUGCAGAUUGAAUCAUCGUCAUUAUAUAUUCAGUUUUGUGCUACACUUUGGUGCUCUUUGAAACAUAGAAGCUUCCUGUAAUUCAUUCUCCUUCGCAGGAGACGAACCCGCAUCAUAGAACUCUGACGCAUCAAGCAGAGUUGUAAGACACCGGUUUGACUGUGUAAGAGGAAGCCUUGAAGCUAGUAUUGUAACAAUGAAUUCUGAGUCAAUUAUGAAGGUCAUGAUU